CUACUUUGUGUUCUCCCUUUCCUAUCAACCAAGCUUGCUUAAUUUGCUUCAGAAUUGGGAGAAGGAAUUGCUGCCAGAAAAUAUGUGAAAGAGUUUUUAAACCUACAGAUUAUUCUUACUUUAGAAUGAGUUGUUACGUUGGCAGGAAAAAAUAAAUGCAGAUGUUGGAUCAUGUUGGAAAUCUUGUCAAAAGAGUGGAUUGUCUCACACAGAAUGGAGAUGUGGCUUCUGAUUCUGGUGGCGUAUACGUUCCAGAGAAGUGUGAAUUCAGUACAUAUGCCAACUAAAGCUGUGGACCCAGAAGCGUUCAUGAAUAUUAGUGAAAUCAUCCAACAUCAAGGCUACCCCUAUGAGGAAUAUGAAGUCACAACUGAAGAUGGGUAUAUCCUUUCUGUUAACAGAAUUCCUCGAGGUUUACUGCAACCUAAGAUGACAGGUUCCAGGCCUGUGGUGUUACUGCAGCAUGGUCUAGUUGGAGGCGCUAGCAACUGGAUUUCCAACCUGCCCAACAAUAGCCUGGGCUUCAUUCUGGCAGAUGCUGGUUUUGACGUGUGGAUGGGGAACAGCAGGGGAAAUGCCUGGUCUCGAAAACACAAGACCCUCUCCAUAGACCAAGAUGAGUUCUGGGCUUUCAGUUAUGAUGAGAUGGCUAGGUUUGACCUUCCUGCAGUGAUAAACUUUAUUUUGCAGAAAACGGGCCAGGAAAAGAUCUAUUAUGUCGGCUAUUCACAGGGCACCACCAUGGGGUUUAUUGCAUUUUCUACCAUGCCAGAGCUGGCUCAGAAAAUCAAAAUGUAUUUUGCUUUAGCGCCCAUAGCCACUGUUAAGCAUGCAAAAAGCCCUGGGGUCAAAUUUUUGUUGCUGCCAGAUAUGAUGAUCAAGGGAUUAUUUGGCAAAAAAGAAUUUCUGUAUCAGACCAGAUUUCUCAGACAGUUGGUUAUUUACCUUUGUGGCCAAAUGAUUCUUGAUCAGAUUUGUAGUAAUAUCAUGUUGCUUCUGGGUGGAUUCAACACCAACAAUAUGAACAUGAGCCGAGCAAAUGUAUAUGUUGCCCACACUCUUGCUGGAACAUCUGUGCAAAAUAUUCUACACUGGAGCCAGGCAGUGAAUUCUGGUGAACUCCGGGCAUUUGACUGGGGGAGUGAGACCAAAAAUCUGGAAAAAUGCAAUCAGCCAACUCCUGUAAGGUACAGAGUCAGAGAUAUGACGGUUCCUACAGCAAUGUGGACAGGAGGUCAGGACUGGCUUUCAAAUCCAGAAGACGUGAAGAUGCUGCUCUCUGAAAUGACCAACCUCAUCUACCAUAAGAAUAUUCCUGAAUGGGCUCAUGUGGAUUUCAUCUGGGGUUUGGAUGCUCCUCGUCGUAUGUACAAUGAAAUCAUCCAUCUGAUGCAGCAGGAGGAGACCAAUCUUUCCCAGGGACGGUGUGAGACCGUAUUGUGAAGCAUCCGAUACUGAUGAGUCUAGGACAACCUCAUGAGGGAGGGG